GGAGGGAUGUGACUUGCAGCUCUUGGACUCUCUGGAGUUGUUAAAAGUUACCGUGUACAUCUACGGUGGCAGUGUGUGUGGAGCAAGUGCUGGCCACACUCGUCGGGAAGCACAGUAGAAAUGGAGCAGCUGUACGUGGUGGACGAUGACGAGUCAGACCCAGAACCACAGCCGAGCUCCCAAGAACCCAUCCAAGUCCUCGAUGAGGACGACUCGGAGGACGCAGAGCUGAUCUUUGUGGGGGUGGAGAAUGUAAAGGAGGACGCCGAGCUCAUCUUUGUCGGCGUGACUUCUACCUCACAGCCAGCCAACUCGAACAUCUUGAACAGAAUCACCCCGGGUUCACGGUUAAAAAGAAAACAUGACCGACUUAGAGAGACCACUACUCAAAGACUGCAGCCCUCACCUCCGGCCGCCCCCACAUCAGAGGCAGCGAUUGUCUUGCCGGUGUCUCCAGCGGAGUCAAGAUCAACAGACAGUCCUAUCAUUAUCGAGCCUUUGUCCGAGUCUGAUUAUAAAAGUAAUUCACAAGUUGUGCCUAGUAGCUCUUCAAAGUGCUGUUCACCUCUGGCUACGCUCUCCAGCUCAGAGAGUGGCCUAGCAAGGGCAGCGUGCUCAGGAGGAGGUUUGAAUGAAAGUCUGUAUGUAUCGAAGUGCCAUUUUUCCAUAAACCCACAGAGGCCUGAACGUAGCAUCGAGAUUGUAGAAGAGCUUUCUUCAGCCUUGCCCCCUUCGGGUCCUUUCCAUACCUCGAAUGCGCAGCAGAGGACGCCUUCCCUUGAGGCUCCCAAAUCACUGAACCUUUUUGUGAACCGGGCGCCUCUGUCAGGGGACCCCGUCCACCCUCGCCAGGACAGUGGGUCGGUGGACGCAGACUUCUCGAGUCUAGCAAGUCCAGAGACUUUUGAUCCCAAGAAGGGAAGUUUGACUCUGUUGCUUAGUGACUUUUAUUACGGACAGUAUAAGGGAGAAGGCAAGCCGGAACAGAAGACCCACACAACCUUUAAAUGCCCCAGCUGCUCGAAAGCGCUAAAAAAUGUGAAGUUUAUGAACCACACCAAACAUCAUCUGGAGCUGGAGAGGCAGGGGAGUGACGAGGCCUGGGAGAGCCACACCACCUGUCUGCGCUGCCACCGGCUGUUUGCGUCCGCGUUCCAGCUGGAGUGCCACAUCGACCGUGUGCAUACGGCGCCAGACCCUUGUGUGGUCUGCAAAAUCUGUGAGUUGUCGUUUGAAACAGAGCAGGUCCUUUUAGAGCACAUGAAGGACAACCACAAGCCCUACGGGGAGAUGCCCUACGUGUGCCAGGUCUGCAAGUACAGGUCGUCGGUCCGGUCUUUGGGACGGGAGACACAUUUUACCAAGUGCCACGUGAACACGAAGAACCUGCUGUGUCCCUUCUGUCUGAAAGAUCUUCAAAACGGGGAUGCCGUAAAUACGUGCCUGCCGGGCCACUGGGAACAUGGCGGCCACCAGUUCAAGUGCCGCUGCAGUUUCUAACCUUUAAGGAGAAAAAUGGAGCACAAGACCCAGUGCCACCAGAUGUUCCGGAAGCCCAAGCAGCUGGAAGGGCUGCCUCCCGAGACGAAGGUGGUGAUUCAGGUGUCAGUGAAGCCUGUGGAGGCGGAGUCUGUGGAAGUUGCGUCAAUCACUGUGAGCACAACCGACUGGGAGCCAUCUUGCCCCAGAUCUCAAAGCAGACUUUCACAGAAGCCCCAUUAA